ACCUCAAACCUGCAUGGGGACCGGAGAAGAAGAAAAAUACAUUCCCGCCUGAAGAUAGAAACAGCAGCCCUGAGAGGAGGGUUCAAGAAAGAAAAAAAAAAAAAAAAAAAAAAAAACCCUUACAUUUAUAAAAACUCAAUUUGCCGAUACAAUGGAUGAUCUAUACCUGGAGAAUAUCGAUGAGUUCGUCAAUGACCAAAACAAAAUUGUGACUUACAAAUGGCUGAGCCUCACACUUGGCGUGCAUGUCAACCAGGCUAAACAGAUGCUUUACCACUACUUGGAACAAAAGCGUAAGGAGAGCUCUGGAACUCAGCUGCACGCCACGUAUUUGGUGUCCGGGAAAUUCACACAGAACGGUAACACGUGUCACAAGGUGGCAAUAGUGAGAGAAGAUCAACUUGAAGGUUUAAAAUCCAAGAUGACUGUGACAGCCAGCGUCCAUGUGUACAGCAUUCAGAAAGUGGUGCUAAAGGACAGUGACCCUCUUUUCAACACAGACUACGAUGCCAUCAAAGAGAACCUCAGCAUCUGCAGCAAGUACAGCGCAAUCCGAUGUGCCAGUGCAGUCCCCAGGUCCUCUGCUGAGAUCUCUCGCUUGCAGGAGAUUGCUCAAGGGACACCCCCAGCCUCAGAGGGGCAGCAGGAUGCCAGCAAGCUUUCCAUGAAUGGUCACAGCCCAUCUGCUCUAAAACCAGCCACCCAGCAGCCCAAGGGGAUCAUGGGAAUGUUUGCAUCCAAAGCAGCCUCCAAGCACCACGAGACAAGCAAAGAAGUGAAAACAGAAGCCAAAGAAGAUUCUGGGGCUGCAGAGGCAUCGAACAGUAAGCCAACCAGCAAAGGUAGUGCCAUGAGUAACUUCUUUGGAAAAACUGCAUCAAGAAAGGCCAAACCAUCCCCACAGACUGCAGAAGUGGUGAUAAAAGAAGAAGCAGCCAGCAGUGCUGCUUCCCCGGCUUCCAAAGAGGAGGACGAGCCAUCUUCAAGCUCAGCUGCAAAACAAGAACCGGCUGUCAAAGAGGAGAAACCCAAGACUUCUGAAGCAGCCCCGAAAAAACGAAAGGACAGUAAAAUUAAGGCGAAGCGGCUGGAGCGCUCAGACAGUGAGGAUGAGAAAUCAGAGAGCCAGAAGAAGAAGCCUCCUCUUAUAUUCUUUGGCGUCGCCUGUCGUCGCCGACCUGCUCUCAUUCCUCUGACCAGAUAUUCCAUGACAUGCCUUAUUGUAUUUGCCCAUAACACUAUAAACUUUGUUUUUUGUAUGACAGUUAUUCCAGACUCCCCACAAGCACGUGAUGUGAAGACCCCCUCUCCACCCCCUGAAGCAGAAGUCAAGAGGGAGCCUGCGACACGCACUGAGAAUGCUGGAGGUGCCAAGAGAAGGAAGAGGAGGAGAGUUCUCAAGUCUAAGACCUCUUUGGAUGAAGAAGGCUGCAUUGUAACUGAGAAGGUGUACGAGAGCGAAUCUUAUUCAGACAGUGAGGAUGACUUUGUGAAGUCCAAUAAGCAACAACUGUCAAUGCAGCCAGCCCCACUGAGAGCAACAGGCGGGAAAAAAGCUGAGGACAAGAAGAGUCAAAAGAAGUCAUCUGCCAAUAAAGGAACCAAACAGGCGUCCAUUAUGGGAUUCUUCCAGAAGAAAUAACCACCAAGCACCCCUAUGCUCCUCAAAACAAGCACUGAACUUAUAAAUCUGCUCUUGGGUUUGGACACUGGGUGCUGUCCGAUUACCAGUGCGGUUUGAACUAUUUUGUGUGUGUUAUAAUUUUACUGCAAUAAUAGGUUUGCUGCAGUAAGCUGAGAAUUCCAAGUCUUAUGAAAAAAAAUAUUCCCUUAAAUAUUCAUUUUCUUGUGUGCUUAGCAGCAAUUGCUGGCGAGGCAAUCCAAGCCAAAGUGCUUUGGAGUUUGGUGAACCAAGCCGCUCAGUUGGGCCCAACUCAAAUUAAGCUCCAAAAUUAGAUCCCCACUCUUCUCCAGCAGGAGGUCAUUUGGCAAUGAAGCUCAUAAUACUAACUUUAAACGUGCAUUAUAGGCUGAGUCAACCACUAAUGAGACUAAACAAAUACCUCUGAAUCGAAAGCUGUUAAAUGCUCUAUAAAACCUUUAAUGAACUACAAAAUGGAGAAAUAGAUAUAUUUUCUAAUUACGGAUAAAGAUAAAAAGCGUAACGUCAGCCAAACAGUACAAAUUAGGAUUCCUCGUGCAGGACAAAAUGUUUGCUUUUUGGCUCUAUUUAUGGAAACUACUGUAUCUUUUACAAUCACGACUAAUACUUAUUGUCACAGAAAUCGGAAAAGAGGCACUUCAUUCAAGAUUGGGUCUGUGUUGCUAAUAUCUUGUGUGUUUCUGUUUAGAUUGCUUCUGCGAGACAGUGCAACUCUUGCGAUUGUCGCACAGGUCGAUUUUAUAGUCUUGCCUCAUUACCGUUUAAAUUCCAAGGGAGAAGGAUUGCCAUAGUUGCAUUUUUCUCAACUGUUGCUGGUCUCUCUAAGUGAAAGACUUUUAUAAGCCAACCUUUUUAUUGUGAGUAAAAGAAAUCGGACACGCUGUUAAUACAAGUAUAAUUUAAAAAACUGAAUUUUGCAUAGAUCUCUGGUUGUGGCCUUUUUUUAAAUAUUGAAUUCACAAUACUCAUUUAAAUGUCGUGAGGUAAGGCUAUUCACAACAUCCCAUGCAGUCAUAACUUAGCAGGUGGCUUUGUUAUUGAAAUUGUAGUUUUCCUUUUCAAAUGUCUGUUUUGGGCUGUAUUCCCAAAUUUAAAAUGAUCUGUUUUGCCAGUGAAAAGAAUUGCCUUGUAUGGUCCUCCUGACUUUAUACAUGAAGAUCCUUCUAUUUUAUUGUUAAGUUGGAAGGUAUUGCACCUUUGUACUGAGAUGUGACUCAUAAAUGAAUAUUUUGAAGAAGAGUUGUCAAAAAGAACACGUUAAUUUUAAAAUUGAAAAAGGAAAGUGUCAUCAUAAAUCUGAAGGUGUAUAAAACAUAUCACUUUUUGAUAGAUGUAUUAAAGACCACAGUCUACAGAAGUAAGCAGUAAUGGCUUGUUUAAUAUUUGUAUUAAUCAUUUCUAUGGAUAUAGUUGGGUUCCUGUUUCUUAGAAAUAUAUUUAAACAAAAAGUCAGUAUGGUCAAGAAUCCAAUAUGUUGUAUAAGCAUGGUCUAUCUCAUUUAUAAGGUCUACUUCAUUUUGAUAAGUUGAUUACUGCCCACUGGGAGGUAAACACAUUUAAAAGGAAUUCAGUGUAAUCACUCUAUAGCUGAUACAGAAACUUCUUUCUUUGAUGAAUCUUCAUAUACGUGAUUCAGAUGUAGAGGGGGUCUAUGGGUUAUGUCUGCCAGAAGGAAUGCACCACUCGCUGCACAGCACAAGUUUUGACAGAUGGAGCAGAAAAGCAUUUCAAAACCAGAUUAAGACAUUCACUACGGUGCCAUCCUUAAAAUAAGACAUGUUGCUUAGAUGUGGAUUAUACCAUCUAGUUCCCAGAUCUUAAAAAAGCCAGUCAUUUUUAAUGAUGAUUGAUACCACUGUACAGACAAUAUAUACUUGCAUGUUAAUUAACAGACACUGCAUUCAUUUAUAUCUUCCAAAAAAUUUCUUGUCAGUUUACUUUCAAGGGGAGCUGUACUCAAAAAAACAAGGCUCUGUAUGCAUAACAGAUGCGUCUCACUGCCAAUUUUGUUAAAAAGUCAAGCGUUUGGCCAGUGUUUCAAUUUUUUUGUCAGCUUUCUGGGUUAACUGGAAAUGUAAGCCUCUGCCAUAUUGGAUCCUUUCUGGCGCCCCUGUUACGUCAUAUCGUUGACAGCCACCCCAGUGAACGCCGGCAGGGUGAAUUAUGUCGGAAUGCAAAAUGUUCUGGUGCAAAAAUAACAAAA